AGUUAGCUCUACCACUUACUAGCAGUUACGUAGGUGGAUCUUUUACAUGACAAGGAUAAAGAUGUGUGCGGCGCGGCUCAGUUGUUUCACACGCUGACGGGUCGUUUCCCUGCUGCCCGCUGAACAACGAGUCUCAUCGCUGUGUGCUGUGAGCCGCAGUGAAAAAGAAAAGAAAAAUAAAAGAGAGUGAUGAUGGCAGAACGAGCCACCGGGGACUUGGACGGCGUUUUAUCUGCCCCGGGUGAGAACGAAUAUCCGUCAGGCUUCCCGCAGAGUAUCUGCGACGACGUGCCCCAGGACAAGUACCUGUGCAGCAACUGCAGCAACGUGCUGAACAAGGCGCGCCAGACCAUGUGCGGACACCGCUACUGCCUGGCCUGCGUUAACUGGCUCGUGAGGAAUAACAAGAACCUGGUGUGUAAGAAGUGCAAAGAGGAGGAUCCUAACCUGGACAGUGCCAACAGCAUCCUGACACCUGAGAAUUUUUUCAACGAUGCAGCCAUCAAUAAGGAGAUCCUGGAGCUGAAAGUUCACUGUGCCAAUCAAGGCUGCUCAUGGAGGAGCACGCUCAAGAACUACGAAGAGCACCAGAGUCAGUGUGAAUAUGCUUUGAUCCCAUGCAAUAUUGGCUGUGGUCACAUGGUGGAGAGGAAGAAUCUGGCCCGUCACUUGGAGAAGGGCUGUCCUAAUAACGUGUCCUUGUGUCCUACCUGUUCCCAAGCAGUGAGCACUGGCAAGCUGCAGAAGCACACAUGUCAGAAUUCAGCUAGAGAAAAGAAAGCAGUGAAGGCCGAGAAGAAAGAGAAGAAUUCGCAGCCAUCGGGCCCCAGGAAAAAAGAGAACUGUAGUUUUGCUGAAGUCGGCUGUUCUUUCAAGGGUAACACAGAGAAGGUGAAGGAGCAUGAGGGGACAAGUCACGUGGUCCACCUCCAGCUUCUUCUGCAGGUCACCCGCAACCUGCAGGCAUCAAUAAUGGGCAGGGUUGCCUGUGGUCAUCUCCCAGAACUGGGAGAAGCCAUGGCUGGCCUCCAGCUGCAGGGGUCCUCAGAUGUAGAGGUAGACGGAGGGGACGGCGGCCACGAGGAGGCCUCGGUGGCCCACAGCCUGCAGGAUGACCAGGCUGCCUCCCUGCUGGUGCAGCGGCUGGAGGAACUGCAGCAGAGAGUACACAUCUACGAGAACAUCAUCACUGUUCUGAAUAGGGAGGUGGAGAAGACCCAGCUCAGUGUGGCCAUGCUGGAUCAACAGAACCAGAGCAACAGGGAGAUCAUUCAGCAUCUGGAAAAUCAGGUCACAGAACAGCAGCGGAACUUGGUCAUGAAGGACGUGCUCCUCAGCAGCCUGCGCCAGCGCAUCACGGCUCAGGAGGAGGUGUCCCACGACGGCACCCUCCUCUGGAAGGUGUGUGACCUCAACCAAAAGAUGAAGGAGGCGGCCAGCGGACGCAGGAACAACCAUUACUCUCCAGCAUUCUACACAUCACGGUAUGGGUUCAAGGUAUGCAUGCGCCUGUACCUGAAUGGGGACGGGGUUGGAAAAGGCACCCACAUCUCCCUAUUCUUCGUGGUCAUGAAAGGGGAGUACGAUGCCCUUCUAUCCUGGCCGUUCAGGCACAAGGUGACCUUCUUCUUGCUGGAUCAGAACCAGAAAGAGCAUGUGAUUGAUGCCUUCCGGCCAGACCUCUCGUCCUCAUCCUUCCAGCGCCCUGUUACGGACAUGAACGUGGCAAGUGGCUGCCCUCUCUUCUUCCCCCUUGCAAAACUGCGCUCCACCAGGCAUGCUUACUGCAAAGACGACACACUGUUCAUCAAAUGUGUUGUGGACACCACCUCCUGAGCAUGCUGGCAAAGUGGCUAAGGUGGCUUCUCACGCACAGAGGCUGUGAGACAACUGCCUUAAUUUACAGUAGGUGUCUCAGGGCUGGGCUCAGUAGAAGCUCUAUGAAACUUCAACGUGAAAUUGCUAUUCUUUGCAUCGUUUUCGUUUCAGAGGGAGGGUUUACCAACAGCAAAAGAAAGCUAUAUCACAUAUUUAUGCUAAAGAAACUUUCACAGAUAUAUUUUGAUAUUUUCUUUCAUUUGAAAUUUUGUAUUACUAUAAAAAAAACGGUUAAU